UCUUUUCAAAUCUGUUAAUUUUAUCAAUACGGAAAAUGUUUGGCCGUCAAAAACUGUAAAUUCUGAAAUUGGAGAAGUUCUUUAAGAGAUAUGUGAAAGAAUAUAUUCAUUCAGGAAUCCGCUGAUUUGUAUAGAACAUGAUUUGAUAUGAUAUGCCUCAUAAAUAAAGGAUUCUUGGUCAUAAGCUGAUAUUAAAUCCUCCUACUUCAAGCAUAUGCUUCCUUUCAAAUAAUAAAAUGAACGUGUUUUCCGCAAUUAAAAGAUUCACAAGCAAAGGAGAUGGUUCUUCCGGCAAUAAUACUACAUCCCCUAGACCUCAAAGUCAUCAGAGUAUGUCAACAGUUUUACAAAAAAGAUUUUCAAGGGGUGUUCAGUAUAACAUGAAAAUAGUCAUCAAAGGGGAUCGAAAUGUGGGUAAAACUUGCUUGUUUCAUAGAUUGCAAGGAAAAAAAUUCAUGGAAGAAUAUAUACCUACCGAUGAAAUUCAGGUCACUUCCAUACAAUGGAAUUAUAAAGCUACUGAUGAUAUUGUUAAAGUAGAGGUAUGGGAUGUUGUUGACAAGGGCAAGAAGAAAAAGAAACUAGAUGGUCUGAAAUUGAAUAACUUGAAGACUGAAAUUUUAGAGGAACCUGUUCUAGAUGCUGAGUUUCUUGAUGUUUAUAAAGGUACAAACGGAGUCAUAUUGAUGAUGGAUAUAACGAAAUCAUGGACAUUCGAUUAUGUGCAACGAGAACUUCCAAAAAUUCCCAGCCACAUACCUGUGAUCAUUUUGGCUAAUCAUUGUGAUAUGGCACAUCAUAGAACAGUUACGUCCGAUCACGUGACAUAUUUUAUUGAUUCCAUGCUUGAAUCCAGAACCGCUCAAAUCCGUUAUUCUGAAUCGUCCAUGCGGAACGGAUUCGGCCUAAAGCUCCUCCAUAAAUUCUUCAACCUCCCCUAUUUGCAACUACAACGGGAGUCCCUCCUCACGCAGCUAGAAAGAAACGGGGUGGAGACGAACGCCACAAUUCAAGAACUGGACAUGUACGCGGAGACUGAUGAGGCUGAUUACAACAAAUUCAUGGAGAACUUGACGAAGAAGAGGAGAGAGGUCGCCGAUCACAACGGUCGCGUUAGUAUACAGCAGGUUCUCGCGCAGCAGCAACUGCAGAACCCCCCUAACAAUGGGAACGGACCUGGACAGGGUGGGCCAGAAGGUGCGGUGAAGAGGUCACAGAGCGGUCCGAUUGUUAUAGGUGCAGGAAAGCCUAUUCCUUACGGUAACAUAGAUUUAACUCAAAGAUCCGCCGUUCCUAAGACUAGCCAAUCGACUGGCAUGAUCUCAAAGCUUCAAUCCAAAGAUUCAACAAAUUCUUUGGCUGAGGCUAGUAACAUUACAUCAGUGGAAGAGUUUUGCCCCGAUGGUGGACAAUUGGAUAGGAGUUUUUUGGACGACGUUCAGUUGAAUAUGCAGAAUGUUAAGCUCGAAGAACCUGCGUCUGACUCCGAUACGGAUACCGGAAAUCCGCUGGUUUCCGAGCUCCAGGAAGACUUCGAUCCGGAAGACCUCGCAUUCUACACGAAAUCGCCGAAUAACUUGACCUCGCAUAAUCUACUCAAACCCCAACAGAAGUCCGGCCCGACCUUCAAUCAAAAAUCGGACGGUAGCGAGGAGCCGGAGAACGAGAAGGUCCUGGAGGAGUACGAGGCCAUGCGGCACACCCAGGACGAGUUCGAUUCCACCAUUAAUUCGGAGAUAUCCGAACUGACCUCCGAUCCUUACGAAGGCUGGAUAGGCAACGAUACGAAGUUGAGACGAUCGCCCGAAGGUGGAGAGGAUAUUUCCGUGGUUAGCCAAAUAGAUUACAAUAAUAGUUCGUUCAAUGACGAUUCAAAUAGCGUAACUUCGUCCAAUGUCAAUAUGGAACUACUGACUUCGAAACGAAGUCCAAAUCUAUUGAAUAGGAGCGAACAAUGUGAUAGCGAUGAGCAUACCUCUAGUUCGAAAGAUAAAAAAAAGAAACAGAAGGAGAAAAAGCUUUCUAAGAAACAAAGUAAAAGAUCCAAAGAGAAAACUUCUGAAGAACCGUCGAAGGGCGAUAGAAAGAGCAAACGACGUUCGAGAGACGAGAAUUCUUCGCAUCGAGACGAAUUAGAAGAAUUUCUGAACAGCAGCUCCAAUUCCCAAAUCGAAGGUGUUUACGAGGCUAUAUAGUACAGGUUUGUUCGUCUUAGGUGAAAUAUGAUAAUAAGAAAAAAUGGAUAAAAGACAUGUGCAGUUUGGAUUGUCAAGCAAGCUAUAAAUGUGAAUCUCAGGUAGAAGAAAUACUCUUGGUUUUACCAGUGGUUUUUAACUGAAAUAUUUUAUAACGAGAUGUUUUUGAUAGUAUAUUAUUAUAUAUUCAUUAUAUUCCAAUAUAGCUGGAAGGAAUUAGUGAAUUAAUAUAUAUUGUAGAAUCUCAAAUAAGAUUCAAACCUGAAAUGUUUGAUUUAUUCAGGGAAAUGGCCCUGUAGAAAACUGAUUAUUUUACAAAAUUGUUUCUGAAUUUGGCGCGAGUUGUUUAAAUUUCUGUUUUUAGAAGUUCAGUAUUGGAGAAUAAAUUUGUUUAGUGUUGGAAACUCUUUUUGUUUACCGUUGUUUUCAAUGUUCGUAUUGUUUAAUGCCUUUAUUUAUUGGAAAUUUAUCGAAGUUGAGGAAAGAUAUUUAUUGAUUUGUUAUAUUGUUAUACUUUAUAUUUAUAUUGAAAUUCGUGAGUAAGUAUUCUUCUAUCUGAGGAACCUGUAUCAGAUAAACGUUGUGGUUUUGACUCCUUUGUUGCCUUAAAAAAAUGUUGGCUUAUUAUCGAACAAUGAUUAAUCUGUAUCCAUUCGAGGAAUUUAUGUAUUAACUCAAUUCUAACCAUGGCUUUAAGAUCUCUCUCUCUCUUGUAACUGUUUAAUAUUACAACUCCAUUAUUUUUGAAUAAUAGAACAUAUUUAACGUU